AUGGAAGCAGUAAAAUUGGCUCCUGUAUUGUUGCCACCAAGGACACUGCUUCCAGUAGGACUUGCUGUUCUUCACUAUGGGCAUGCCGCAGCUCCCAAUGACAGGUCCUUGCAAGAUGGGGAUAUGGCAUUGUUUGAUAUGGGAGCAGAAUACCAUUUCUAUGGGUCUGACAUAACUUGUUCAUUCCCUGUAUUCAAGAGGGUAGUUGAUAGUAGGCCACUGGAGAAUUCUGUUAUUUGCUUCCUCAAUUCGAUGUUUUGUUCUAAAAGUGCCAUUUUUCCCUAUAUUCAGGUGAAUGGCAAGUUUACAAGUGAUCAAUCCCUUGUAUACAAUGCUGUCCUUGAUGCUCAUAAUGCUGUCAUAUUUGCAAUGAAACCAGGAGUCAGCUUUGUCGAUAUGCAUAAAUUAGCAGAGAAGGUAAUUCUUGAGUCGCUGAAAAAUGGGUGCAUUAUUGUUGGCAAUGUAGAUGAUAUGAUGAUUGAGCGAUUGGGUGCUGUCUUCAUGCCUCAUGGUCUGGGGCAUUUCUUGGGGAUUGACACUCAUGAUCCUGGUGGCUACUUAAAGGGACUGAAGAAAUUGGAAGAACCUGGAUUGAAAGCUUUGCGUACUAUUCGAGAGCUCCAAGAGGGAAUGGUGAUAACAGUGGAGCCUGGCUGCUACUUCAUUGAUGCUUUGUUGACUCCAGCCAUGGAGAGUUCAACUACUGCUAAGUUUUUUGAUCGUGAAGCAAUUAGCAGAUUUAAAGGUUUUGGCGGGGUUCGAAUUGAAAGUGAUGUGCAUGUCACUGCUGGUGGCUGCCGGAACAUGACUAAAUGUCCACGUCAGAUUUCGGAAAUUGAAGCAGUGAUGGCGGGAUCACCAUGGCCACUCAACAGAUCCAUGUAA